AAUGUACUUGUUAAUAUGUAGGGGGCUGGUAUCUUCAGCUAGCAGACCUCGUGAAGACAGUUGGUUAAAAUCGCUAUUUGUUCGCAAAGUUGAUCCAAGGAAAGAUGCUCACUCCAACCUUCUAGCCAAAAGAGAGACCAGCAGUCUGUAUAAACUACAGAUUCACAAUGUAAAACCAGAAUGUCUAGACGCCUACAACAAGCUUUGUCAAGAGGUGCUGCCAAAGAUUCAUGAAGAAAAACACUACCCAUGUGCACUGGUGGGGACUUGGAACACGUGGUACGGAGAGCAAGAUCAGGCUGUUCAUCUGUGGAGAUAUGAGGGAGGCUAUCCAGCUCUCAAUGAGGUCAUGAGUAAACUCCGUCAAAAUAAGGAAUUCACAGAGUUUCGCAAAGAAAGAGGUAACAUGCUUCUCUCACGCAAGAACCAAUUAUUAUUGGAGUUUAGUUUCUGGAAUGAACCUGUUCCCAGAGAGGGGCCUAAUAUUUAUGAACUGAGAUCCUAUCAACUUAGACCUGGAACAAUGAUUGAGUGGGGAAAUUACUGGGCUCGUGCAAUUCGUUUCCGACAGGAUAAGAAUGAAGCAGUUGGAGGAUUUUUCUCACAAAUUGGACAGCUGUAUAUGGUUCAUCACCUUUGGGCUUACAAAGAUCUCCAAACCAGAGAAGAUAUAAGGAACGCUGCGUGGCAUAAACCUGGCUGGGACGAACUAGUCUAUUACACAGUGCCCCUUAUUCAGGAAAUGGAGUCCAGAAUCAUGAUACCAUUGAAGAUUUCUCCGCUUCAGUAAAGUCACUGAUUUACUUGUGCCUACAUAGAUAAAGUGACAAGUAUUUGUCUUAAAUUAAUUUAUGGUAUACAUUGUAUAUCAUAGUCUGAAAUAUAAAAGUACUGUAUUGAGCUUAUAAAAGAGACCUCUUUUCUUCAGAAUCUAAUGACGUUUUGCUCUUAGGAUUGUACCAGGAAAAAAGAAAUCUAGGACUGUAAUUAAAGGGUUGGUUAAUUGAAAACAAGUACAAAGACAUACAUGAGUUCCUCUGUGAGACAGCUCCUCAGGUUAAGUAUGGCAUACAGUAUUUAAUAUCUUCUGCUACAUAGGCAAUGCCUGGUGUUCAGGAACAGCAGCAGAAUGGAGCGUUACAGUUGCUGUGGUCUUUGUGUUAGCAUUAUAAUGACUGCAGAUUUUAAAAACAAACGUGGGAGUUCUGAAAUUAGAAGCUCUAAAGCCCUCAGGCAGCUCUGAAAUACACCUAGCUGUUCUAGCAGGCCUGAAAUCAGUAAGUAGCUCUAAAUUUACAAAUAGGCAGUCAUUAAUUGAGGAUAAUACUGUUUGUCAGGUGAUAGCUUAUGGACAGAGAAUAGGGCAUUCUGUUUUGCAAGGACUCUGAAGCCUGUUGAAACUAAUUGCACAUUUGUGUAGAUAUCUACACCUGAAAUUAAUUUUGUGAAGUAUGACCUACAGUUUUCAAAGAGAUACUGACAAGAUGUGGUUGUCUGAACAUUCUGCAGGGAAUCAAAUUCAGUUAAAUACAUUUAUCUCUACAAAUAACUUGGAAGUCUAGGAAAAGGGGUUUAAUUUAAUAAGCAUUCAUGACUUCAGACAUAUGCUUGGUCGGGUGUUUCACUAACUGUACAGUAGGUACUUAUGAAUUGAUGUGUGAAACUGGCGCAUGUUGAGUCAAUAGGAUUGGCAUAAAGCGGUGUACCAUUAUGUCCAGUUCUAUUUUGGUUUCACUUUUAGACUAGAAAAUGUCAACACUUUUGGUGUCUGCAAUGAUGUGAACAUCCUGUAAGUGAAAAUAAUAUUCUCUCUUUAAAGUGGCUACAAGAAUCAGUGUAACAUACAGAAUGUACAAAUCAGUUACUGAUGUCCAGUUUGUACAUUUCAAUGAGUUUUCAGGAAGAACAUAUCAGUCAAUAAAAUCCUUUUAAUUUUCACAUUUUA